AUGGUUGGCCAAGAGCAUAUCCCCCAGAUCCCAAAGUCCAAGGCACUAGUCCCUGGGAACAUGGUUGGCCAAGAACACAACCCUCAGAUCCCAAAGUUAGGGGCACCAGUCCCUGGGGACAUGGUUGGCCAAGAAGAACUAAAAAAAGUCAAUCACAACAGGUUCUCGUUCAACUUUAUCAAUGGUGUUGGGCGGACAGAUGGCGAAGCUCUGGAGCAUGGGUGGGCAGAUAUUUACCCUCUUGCUACAAGUACUUGUGCCAUUCUUCUCCGAAAAUAUAAGACCACGGUGCCUGAGGUUGAAGAAUGUGCUCAUGAUCUUGACAAGUUUGAGGCUGCCCUUGAUGCUGACCAAUUAGCUGGGUGGGGAACAGAUAUUGAGAUGUGGGAGUUGGACCACUCUUUGCCAAACCCAUUCAAAGUGAAGACGGGGGCUAUGGUGACCCAGGCCGCCAUGCAUCUGGCAUUAUUGAAGACCAAGGCAAAAGAAAUCGAGCGUGGAAUAGAACUAGAGGGUCAGCAUGAAGUCAUUGAGUUGAUGGCACAGUUAGGCUCGACAAGAUCACUCAGAGACAAGAAAUGCGCAAAGCACAGAGCAUCCCAGUACAUGAUUGAUGAUGGGAAGCUGUCAUGUCUUCGUGGAGGCACCGCAGUACGAGCACGAGAUAGAGUGGAAUGUGUCACCCAGGAAGAAGCAAACAACUCACAAUCAAGCAACACAAUGAAAAAGGACAUUGGGGUCGCAAUGUGA